AUGCAUGUAGUUGAAGGAAAGACGAAACGAGUAAAGUCGUUUCGAACGGAACAGGACCUCGCCGUCACAGAAAACCGCACCUUAUUAUGCAUGUAUCAUGGAACACUGACACAUGUCGUUCGGAUGUUACCACUAAUCCUUGAACCGAACGGUUGCAUGUCAUUCUUAAUUGAAUCAUAUUUUUAUGCUGAUCCCUCCCGCGGUGUCGUCCGCCUCACACUUGAAUGGCAACACAUACACGAAAUUCCGUGUCGUGACAUUUCAUCUUCUCGUCUUAUGGUAGUAUGGGAGGAAAAUGCUGGAAACAGUAUUAUGACUCAACACACUGAUACUAUCAGAACACAAAAAAAACUAGAGGAAAUACGUUUUUCCUGUUUUUCGUAG